ACGGACACAUUAAAAAUAGUUUGGGGACUUAAUGCGCCAUGAAUCUGCUAUGGCGGCAUAUAGACAUAUUCUAUCAAACACAAUAGUUCUUUUGGCUUAAACUAUAGCAGGUUAUUUUAAAGAGGGGUGCAAGGACAGAAACAGUUUUUCAGCCUUGUCUGUGUUUUCCGCCAUAAUUUGACUGAAGCGACAUUUUUUUGAUUGAAGCAACUUUUUUUGAUUGAAUAAUAAAGACACAAAUUUACCUCCAUACUUCUUUUACGGUAAGACUUGUCUUGCCCAUUUGGUAAUCCUGCCAGUGGCCAUACGGUGGCGCUGUAUUGUAUGACGAGCCUGUGACGAAGAAGAAAAAGUCAGGGUAGAGGGUGAAUAUAAACAAACACUCCGUGUAGUGUUGGGAACAUGAACUACUGUCGACUUCUUUGCAAGUGGAAAAAUCGCUUAUUCUGUGAAAGCGAGGAAGGCAUUUGGAAAUCAUAAGGAACGCCCGAAAUUUGGAGAGCUGUGCCAUGCGUCUUUAUUUUUAGCAAACGGUUCCAAACUAUUCCAAACGCAAUAUGUCUGCACUGAGCGCCAUGUCUGCGGACAAAAUCAGCGAUUUGCUGGAUGAGUACGGGAUAAAACACGGUCCUGUUGUCGAGUCCACCCGAAGAUUGUACGAAAAGAAAAUCCGAGAAGCCAUGGCCAAAGGAGAAAUGGUUUCGCUGACAAACCCGGACAAAACCUACUACAGAGAGGAAGAGGAGGAAGUUACAUAUGUUUACAGUACACCUGCCAGGAGUGAUUUACCAAAAGAAAACAGACCUUACAUGAGAGCAAGACCGGAGUGGACUGAGAGGGAAGUUCAACAUAAACACUACAGCUACGGCACAGGAGCAACACCCGUGAAAUGGCAGCAAGAUGUUCCCAAAGCACCUCAAUCAUCACUCUCCAUCCCGGUCUGGGUGCAGUUGGUGUUCUUUGUCGUCGCGGUGAUCUUCCUCUACUUUGUCUUCUCAAACAUGGAGACAAACGAUUACACCAGGAGCAUAGAAUAGUUCUGUUCUACUUUAAACGCAAACCUCUCUGUGAUAUUUAAUCUGUUCAUUGUUCAACUACCCCCCCCCCCCAAGAAAAAAAUGGUUUUACUGUUACAAAGGAUGACAUACAUACACAAGUCGUUUUAAAAGAAAAAAGUUGCAAAGUCAUUUUAGUCCAAUAUAUACCCAGAAAUGUCUGUUUACAAGAGAUUUUAUUUGUUUGGAUUUUUUUGUAUUGUUCUGACUUGCUGCCAAAAUAAAGUAUUUGAAUGAGGAA